CGCCUGGAAAGGAGACGCUGCCCUUCCCCAGCGAUGGGAUCCCGGCUUUGUGGAAGGACCUGUUAUGUGUGCCCCUGUCCUGCUGGGGAGUGGAUGGUACCCAGGACUCAGCCAGAGACCAGCUGAAGACGUUCUUCUUGGAAGCUCUCACCCCAGAAGGUCCCAUCUCGGGUGCUGGGCCUACCAUGGCAUUCCGUAGGACUGAGGGUAUGUCCAUGAUCCAGGCUCUGGCCAUGACUGUGGCUGAGAUACCAGUGUUCCUGUACACGACUUUUGGUCAGUCCGCAUUCUCCCAACUGCGGUUGACACCAGGCCUGAGGAAGGUUCUUUUUGCCACAGCCCUUGGGACUGUGGCCUUGGCCCUGGCAGCCCACCAGCUGAAAAGGCGCCGGCGGAAGAAGAAGCAGGCGGGCCCUGAGAUGGGAGGUGAGCAGCUGGGCACGGUGCCCAUGGCCAUCCUCACGGCCCGCAAGCUCCCUUCGGUGAAGAAAGGCUGCUCCAGCCGGAGGGUUCAGAGCCCCAGCAGCAAGAGCAACGACACUCUGAGUGGCAUCUCCUCCAUUGAGCCCAGCAAACACUCGGGCUCCUCCCACAGCCUGGCCUCGAUGGUAGUGGUCAAUUCAUCCAGCCCUACAGCUGUGUGCUCAGGUUCUUGGGAAACCAGAGGGAUGGAAGAGACUAUGCCCACCACUGAUGGCAGUGCCGAGAGCCUCUAUGUGCAAGGCAUGGAACUGUUUGAGGAAGCUCUACAGAAGUGGGAGCAGGCACUGAGUGUGGGUCAGAGAGCAGACGGAGGCAGCACCCCCACACCAGGGGACAGCCUCCAGAACCCAGACACCUCAUCAGAAGCACUGUCAGAGCCAGAGUCACAACGAAGGGAGUUUGCUGAGAAGCUGGAGUCCCUGUUGCACCGGGCCUACCACCUGCAGGAAGAGUUCGGUUCCACCUUCCCCUCUGACAGCAUGCUGCUGGACCUUGAGAGGACACUGAUGCUGCCCCUGACUGAGGGCUCACUGCGUCUGCGAGCUGAUGAUGAGGACAGCCUGACCUCAGAAGACUCCUUUUUCUCAGCCACUGAGCUCUGUGAGUCUCUGCAGGUUGGAGAGUACCCACUUCCUCUCUCCAGGCCUGCUGCUGCCUACGAGGAGGCCCUGCAGCUGGUGAAGGAAGGGAAAGUACCUUGCCGAACCCUCAGGACAGAGCUGCUGGGCUGCUACAGUGACCAGGACUUCCUGGCCAAGCUGCACUGUGUACGGCAGGCCUUCGAGGGGCUUCUAGAAGAAAGAAACAACCAGGUCUUCUUCGGGGAGGUUGGCCGGCAGAUGGUGACAGGCCUGAUGACCAAGGCUGAAAAGAGUCCCAAAGGCUUCCUGGAGAGCUAUGAGGAAAUGCUGAGCUACGCCCUGCGGCCUGAGACCUGGGCUACCACCCGGUUGGAGCUGGAGGGUCGAGGGGUGGCAUGCAUGAGCUUCUUCGACAUCGUGCUGGACUUCAUCCUCAUGGAUGCCUUUGAGGACCUAGAGAACCCUCCAUCUUCGGUGCUUGCUGUCCUGCGGAACCGCUGGCUAUCUGACAGCUUCAAGGAGACAGCCCUAGCCACUGCGUGCUGGUCUGUCCUGAAAGCCAAGAGGAGGCUUCUGAUGGUGCCUGAUGGCUUCAUCUCCCAUUUCUACUCCGUAUCGGAGCAUGUUAGCCCUGUGCUGGCCUUUGGCUUCCUCGGACCCAAGCCCCAGCUCUCGGAAGUCUGUGCUUUCUUCAAGCACCAGAUUGUGCAAUACCUGAGGGACAUGUUUGACCUGGACAACGUGCGCUACACAUCUGUGCCAGCCCUAGCAGAAGACAUCCUACAAUUGUCCCGGCGCCGCAGUGAGAUUCUGUUGGGCUACCUGGGAGCGCCAGUGGCUAGUAGCACCGGGCUGAAUGGGCCACUGCCUCAAGAGAACGGGCCCCUGGAAGAGCUGUAGUAAUAGGGGCAGGCUGAAUGAAAGAGGUUGCUGUUUAGGACUCAGUCAUAAGGGUGAUGGAAGAGAGAAAGCUGCCCCUCCCUUCCUUUGGGUGGCCACCCAAAGGCCAGGGUGGCCAAGGGCCAUUGCCCCUGAGUUUGCUCCACUUCCUCAUCUGGGAAUCCCAACACUUAGAGGACAAAUUUCCAUGGAGAGGAGCCACUCGGAGCACUGGAUAGCAGCUGCCCUUGGAGUUCCCUGAGCAGCAGAGGCAGGUCAGAGUCAGGGUCUGACCAGGGGCAGGCAGCAAGAGAGAAAGGGGUGGUAGAGAAUGGCUCUGAGUAUGGAACACAGAACCCUAAUUCCCUCUGCUGCUGAGAGAGGCCAAGGAGGUGAUGAUUGAGGGAUGGAACAUGCAGGGCUAGGUGGUGACAGUCCCAGGGUCUUGCAAUAGCAGCCACCUAUAGCUACAUAAUUCCUAGCACCUAAGCUUCUGGCCAGUAUGGAAAGCCCUGUCUGGGCCAUCCAGAAGUAGGCUUGCCCCCACGUGUGCUCACAUCUGAGCCCUUUACAAAUCCCCAUUCCCACACCCUGCCAAAAACUCAGUCUUAUCCCACCUCUGCCGCCACCAAAGAUGGAGGAGGCAGGACUAGCCACUUCCCUUUCCCUGUGAACCUGGAGCACCUGGGCAGUGCUGGGCUCCAGCCAGAGCUCACAAGAGCCCAUCUCUCUGUUGCCAUCUGUUGCUCCAACAGUGAGGACCUAGGAACCAUGGCAAGGUGGGCCAAAGCUGCACAGCACGGCAGCUCCCCUUCCCCUUUCUGACAGGAAGCUGGACUCAGCACUUUGCCUUCAACACACGUGCUUUGGAGCUGCUGCCACCCAGGGUCCUGCAGACAGUUCUGUUGGCAUUUGUCACGGCAGCUGCAGGAGUCCUGGCGGCCCUCCUUUUGCUUGAGCUGGGAAGUUUUUAUUUAUUGCCUUAACACUUUAUUUGGCUGUUUCAUCCCUUCCAGGCUGUGAGACAUGCAGGAGAAAAGACUCCUGGUCUGGAGUUGAGCACUGGCUCCUGGAACCAAGUUCCUCUCUGUGGAAGGGAAAAGGGUUCCCCAAGGUCAGCAGGAUGCAGUGAAGGGAGGGCAGCCGUGGCUCUGGGUCCUCUCUGAGGCCUGCACUCGGGAGGGAGCAGCCCUCAUGCACUGUUUGACAUUCCAUUCAUUUGCACUUACCCUGAGCUCUGAAUGUAACCCUGGGCUGAGGCCCACUCUGAUUGACCCCUGAACCACACAGCUGUGGCAUCUUCAUUUUGUCUGUUUGUAUGUCCACGCCACGCCCUUUAGCUCUCAACCAGCAAUGGUAGAGCAUGAGUGCAAGGCCUGUGAGUCAGAUAAAGGAUCAAAGCGCC